GACGCAUAUAAUGGCAGAAGAAACCCUAUUACAAAAAAUUAUAAGCGGCAUUGUGGCACAACUCAGCAGAUUCGGCAUAACCAUCAGAAGAGAGGACCUGCGAGUGAUUUCCCAACUGACGGCAUACUUGCGUAGUACGAACACGGGUGAAGGAGAAAAUGUAAUCGAUAGAGAACGUUUACCAGGAGAAGCAGGAAUCGACGAAGAAAUAGAAUCAAUCAGUCAAAUGAUUUCCCUUCUGCAUAACGCAUUCCUUUCCGGUGAGGCUGAGGGAGCGGAAGUAACGCCUUCAAUACAGGAGCCUGGAGAAUUAGAGUCAGUUAUCCGCCAGUUUCAGUUCUAUAUCAAUAUUGCCCAACAAAUGAGACGCGAGGUACAGGAUGUUCAUUUAGUUAUCCUCACAGAACUUAAAACGUCUGCGUAUGUCACAAAUACUCCCAUGAAUCCAUAGCAACAGUAUAUAUUAAUUAAAACGGCGGUAGUUUUACACUUGUUGAAAGCCUCGACACUCAUUAUCCAUCCAUCAACCGCUAUUUAGGGAACUUAAACAGACUAUUGUUGAGGACCGCCCAACACAUCAAAAGUGCAAGGCCGCUAAAUUUCAGCAAGUUUUCAAGGAUAAAGGGAUGGUGUGCGAAGGCCGAUUUCGUCCCCUUAUUAAAGGGCAGUGUUCCGAACGUUUUAAGUUUAACCUAGGGAGAAAACCGCGCUGCCUUUCAAUUUCUCAAAAACUUGUCCAUAUUGGUCUAAUGUUGAUAUCGCUUUAAGUGUAAGCCCGCGGUAAUUACUAACAUGCUUAGACCUUUAUCUCGCUCUGUCAGUCAUCCUCACAUAUUGUUAUACAUCCAGCUAAUAGACUCAUCUUCGUGCAAUCUUCAUUUUUUAUUACUAUUCUCGUAGAUCCCUGAAACAAGGGUGCAACAGCUUGGAUCUUUGUUGGAUACGGAUACAGAACGAAUAAGACAGCAAGCAAUGGGAUUGAAUAAAGCGCUGGAGAUGUGGAAAUCCUUCACUGAUAAGGCAAACGAUAUCCUUACCCAGAUUUCAGCAAUCAUCAAUAGGAGUGAUGUGAUAGGAAAUGAGGAGAGAGGGCUGUUAGCUAGGUACGAUGACUAUAAUAAUGAACUUCAAGCAAUAAAGCGCGAGUACGAGCGAAUAAAUGCCAUAUGGGAAGGUAUUAGACGAGAUCCUUCAUUCAUUCAGUCGAACUUAUGGAUGAGGUGCAUUUUGAUUUAGUAUGCCUUACACCUUGCCUGGCUUUUGGAAAUGAUGUAAUAGUAGAU